AUGGGUCGUUCAAGGACAACCUUCAAACGUAUUCCAAAUGAUGGAGCUCGAAAAGCAACUUCCAUCCAGAGAAGGAAGGGACUAAUGAAGAAAGUAUCCAAAUUUUCAACUAUGUGUGGAGUUGAAGCUUGCUUAAUUGUGUAUGAUGAGAAUGGGGAUGCUCAACCUAUGACUUGGCCCCGAGACCCUAUAAAGGCACACUCCAUCAUUGACAAGUAUGAGCGUCAAAAAAAUGAGAAACCCCUCAAGACCUUUGAUCUUGAAGACUUUUUCAAGAAUAAGAAGAACAUGGUUGAAGCUGAGAUUUCCAGAGUGAAUAAAGAUAUCUUCAAGACAAAGUAUCCAACUUGUCAUCCAAGCUUCAACAACUUAGGAGAGGAGCAGCUGGAGGCUUUCAUUGCUACGUUGGAUGAUAAGAUUGGAGCUUGUGAUCAGAGAAUUAACAUGCUAAAAAAUGAGCAUAAAAGUGAAGCCAACAUCUGUUUCAUUCAAAACAUGGCUCAGAAGACUGGUGCUUCGUAUCCUAGCCAACUCAAUUACAUGGAGAUUAUAUCUGAAAGCCAACAUAUCCCUAUCCCUGCUUCUCAUAUGAAGCAACUCAAUAAUGGGAACAUCAUUAAUGCUAUGUUUGGUUCUAAUAAUGGAGUUUGUAAUCAGAGAAUUGACAUGCAAAAUGAGCUUCAUAGUGAAGCCAACGUCUGUUUCAUUCAAAACAUGGCUCAGAAGACUGGUGCUUCGUAUCCUAGCCAACUCAAUUACAUGGAGAUUAUAUCUGAAAGCCAACAUAUCCCUAUCCCUGCUUCUCCUAUGAAGCAACUCAAUAAUGGGAACAUCAUUAAUCCCUAUCCCUAUCCCUAA